GUUAGCAAAAUGGCGAAGUUAGCUGCGUUCGUCGGGUUCUUGUCUUGUGUGGUGUUACUUGUACAAGCAAGUGAUGAAGCUCAUCAACAGAGAAUGUCACUGUUCUUCAGAAAAGAAGGUGACCAAAUGGUGAACCAACGUGAAUCAUGGAGUCAACCCAGAAGAGAGGACUUGCAAGACCCAGAGUGGACUACGACUGAGGAGCCAUUCUGGACUGAACCAGAAUCCGAAGAUUCGAAUUCGUGGAAUAAGCUUUCCCGUGAUAGCUCCAAACAGUACCAAAAAUCUCGAAGUUCAUUCCGAAGUGACUCUAGACGCACCUAUCCCUCAAGACGAGAUGACACAUGGGACCAAGAUACUACAACGGAGAACUCUUGGACCGAACCAGAAACUGAAGAUUCAAAUUCAUGGAAUGAACCAUCCCACAAAAGUUUCAAGCAAACCUAUGGUAAACGUAGAGUUAGCCCAUUCCGACGUGACUCAAGAAGAACUCUGCCAUCAAGAGACAGCAGUUCAUGGGACCAAUAUUCCACAACUGAAGAUCCUUGGAGUGAACCAGAAACCGAGGAAUCAAACUCUUGGACUGAGCUGAAGAAACAAGAAGAAUCUUGGCCACAUCAACUACCAAAUUCACGAGACAGUUGGAUGAAUGUACAUCACUUUUCGAACGAAAUGUCACCAGAGGCUCAGAACCCCUGGGAUGAUGACUCAUGGACGGAACUUCCUUCCGACCCUACACCACCAGAUAUGACAGAAGACUACGAAACAGCAUCUGAAGUUGCAUCUUCAAGAAAACCAGCCAGCUGUUACCAGAGGCCUGAGCGCGGCUCUUGCGACUCAAGGAAGACGCGUUAUUAUUACGACUCAGAAACACAAUCCUGCAAAGUCUUCGUAUGGAGUGGAUGCGAAGGCAACCAGAACCGAUUCAAGACCAGGGAGAUGUGCGAAAGCACUUGCGGAGGAAGAUCUACAAGUAUUCCUUCUGGAUUCAAAUGCAGGCGAGAUGGCUAUUUCAAACACCCCGAGACAUGCGAGAAAUUCAUUCAAUGCUCAAACGGUAGACCCUAUGAGCAAACCUGCCCAAGCGGUCUUCACUUCAGUCUAUCAAGCUUGACUUGCCAAGCUCCCUGCGAUGCCUUCUGCGACCCAACUUUAAGUGACGAAUGCGGAUGGGAUUCUGCUCCUCAUGCCACCAGGGAAAUCGAUUGCACUGCUUCCCCAGACAAAGGACCAUGUGACUCCCUCACGCCAAGGUACUACUAUGACAGUGAUUCGAGUCGGUGCAGACGAUUUUUCUAUGGAGGAUGCCGAGGAAACACCAACAACUUCAGAACACAGGAGGAAUGUGAGGAAACUUGUGGAUCUUCUCUAACUAGAAGUGAACCUUUCUACUGCCCCCGUCCAAAUGGCCGAUUCGCAGACAUCUAUGACUGCACAACCUACUUCCAAUGCCAAGAUGGAGAAUCCAAAGUGAAAAGAUGUCCACGAGGACAGUGGUUUGACUACAGGAGAAGAGCUUGCACUUCUGAUGACAGUGCUUCAUGCUUCUACAAAUGUCGUCAACCUGAGGGUAUGUACAGCUACUUGCCAGAUUGCCAGAAAUACGUCAAGUGCUCCCAAGGAAAACCAACCGUGGUCAGAUGUCCAAGUGGUCAAGCCUUCCACAAAUUAGAGGGACGCUGCGUACCACAGUCAGAAGUCAACUGCGGAGUAGUUCCGGAUCAAACGAGUGUUAAGGUUGAACUGACAGAUAGCAAGGAUUACAGAUGUCCAACUCCAAGCGGAAACUACCCAAAAGUUGAUGACUGCGCCAAAUACUGGAGCUGUGCACACGGUAUCGCCAAUGAACAAGAUUGUGAAGACAAAUUCUUCAACCCUGAGACCUUGGAGUGUGACGAACAGGGAAACGUCUCUUGUCCUGCUUAUGAAAUCGGAAAGAAGGUGAUUUGCUACUUCGACAACGACCCACCUGAAGGCGAGAGCAUUUUGCCCGAAGAACUUUCUCCUUAUCUUUGCACACACAUCCACUACAAUAAUGCUAUGCUGGAGCACUCCGGAGACUCCUACACGAUUUCCUCUACCAAAAGGGAGAACGACAUUGUCCUUGGAUACUACAAGAGAGUGGUUGAUUUGAAGAAACUGAACCAAAAAUUGAAAGUGAUGCUGACUCUGGGCGGAUGGAAAGACAGCGAAUCUGCAAAGUACUCGCAACUCGUCUCCGACGUCAACAAGUGGCCCUCCUUCAUCCAGGCUGUGAUUCAAUACCUGAGGUUGUACAACUUCGAUGGUCUGGAGUUCGACUGGGAAUUCCCAGUUUGCAGAACCAAAGACUGCAACGGAAGACCACCAGUUGUUGCUCAAAAGGAACGGUUUCAAUCAUUCUUGGAGAUGCUGUAUUCAAGACUUUCAGAUGAAAAACUCCUUCUCUCUGUAAAAGUUUCUGGUGAGAAACCCGUGUUUGAAAACUCUUACAAAAUGGAAAAAAUAGGAAAUGUCACUGAUUACAUUGUUGUUAUGGCAUACCUACCUCCUGGUGAAUCGCAAUUCGACACUGUUCCACCUUCUGUCCUAAACGCUGGAAAGAACAAAAAACACACAAACGAAGAUGCGUCGACAAUAAUGGCUCUUUGGAAACACAAAGUACAAAACUCGAGCAAACUUAUUCUUGGUGUACGUGGAAAUGCCCGCGCCUACCAACUGAGUGACACCAAGAAAACAGACGUUUACUCGCCAAUCCCAGCUCAUGGAAUAGCACCACAGGACCUAUCCUAUCGUACAGUUUGCUCCCACCUGAAAUCUCAUGAUUGGAAGAAAGGAAGCAGUCCUCAAGUAGCUGACUUCAUCUAUCAAGAUGUUACAUGGAUCGGUUACCAGAGCCCAGAGAACAUGCGCAAAUUUGCAGAGCACGUAAUGAGGCAUUCUUACGGAGGUGUGGCACUCAUUAGUAACUUAGCAGAUGACUUCAAAGGUAGCUGCUGUCACGUCAAGAACCCCUUGCUCAAGGGCUUAACAGUUGGUUUCAGCAGGAGAGGAAUGACACCUAGUGAGUUCGGUUGCCCUUGAGAACUUUAAAAAAUCAUAAUUGCUUUGCUUAUACAUUAACAAAUUUACCGAAUGUUUUCUGAAUGUAAAAUAUCAUUUACGAAAAGUACAUAUAUAUUUCUGCUUUAGCUGUUUGUCAUAUUUGUAAUUUUAUACAUGUAGAAAUAUUAUGAAAUGUGUCUUCUCAAUAAAUAUUUAUUUGCUUAAA